AUGAACGUUGAAAACAACGUGUCUUGGGGCUGUGUCUGCGUUCCAAAGAAGAAAAGGGAGAAGCAACAAAAGCACAAGCAACAGAUGAAAAAGAAACGGGCGAGGCAACAGUCUGGUGAGCAGCAGCAGCAGAAACGGCCAAAGUCGCAGCAGGAAGAGAAAGUUCUGCUGGACGUUGCGAAGCAGGAGCAGCAACCGAAGCAGUGCAAAAAGCAGCAGCAGCAGAAGCAGCAGCAGCGGCAGCACAAGCAACAUUUGAAACAGCAGAAACAGCAGCAGCACCAGCGGAAGCAGGGGAAAGAGCAGCAGCAAGUGAAAAGCAGUACGGCACUAGAAGAUAAGCAGCAACAGAGGAAGGCGCAGCGGCAAAAAGGGGACAAGCAGACCAAGCAACAGCAGAAGCAAAAAAAAGAAAAGAAGGAUAAGGCUCAGCAGCACCGCAAAAGAAAGCAGCAACCGCAGGAGCGCGACCAAACUGGGGCAGGAGCGCCUUCGAAGAAGCUCUGUAAGCCAAAGAAAGAACAGCACGAGCAGCAGCAAAAGAGGAAGCAGCAAACAUCUGGCGAUGGAUGUGCCAACAAAGUGAAGAAACAACGUACUACUGGGGACCAGGAGCAGCAACAGCAGCAAUUACAGCAGCACCAAAAGCAGCCGCUGGUGGCCGUCUCAGAGCUGCAGCAGCAGCUCAGAUGUCUAAAAGGCAUCCGAUUCUUGCAGCCGCCUGCUCUUGCUGCAGCGUCCCCAGCGCUGCUGCUGCAGCCUUUGCUGCUUCCAACACUGCAACAGCAGCGAAGUAUACAGCAGGACUGCCAGAAUUCCGAAGGCGAAAACCGGCGCAGCGGCAGCAACAGUAUCACCACCAGCAGCAACUGCUGCAGCCGCUGCAGCUGCAGUGGUUUAUGGGUUGCCUCUGUUCCGCCCGCUGCACUUCCGAGUAACUUCGGAUUUGCUGCUCUCUCGGUGCACUCCGAGCAGCAGCAGCAGCAGCACCAGAAGGAUCAGCAGCAGAAACCGGAAGACAAUCAACCGCUUUUACUUAGAACUCCCUUACUCCUAAUUGGCCGAGGGGCCCGUGAUACUUGCAUGAUCGUUCCAGGGACUGCUUCAGAUCUUGCAGCUUUUGUUGCUGCUCGCCGAACCUGCCGCCGCGGCAGCAGCAGCAGCACCGACAACAACAGCAGCAGCAACCGUAGUGAAACUUGUAACACCGAAGUCCAAGCAGAGCUAGCAGCAGCAGCAGCAGGGACGGCAAGCGGCAGUUGGAUCUUCACCAAUUUUUCGUCUCGGAAGGUUUUUGCUGCUUCGGCGUUUUGCAGCGCAGCAGAGCAGCAACUGCUGCAACAGCGGGAGGAAGCCAACGCCGGAGAAGGUGUGGAGGCCGGUGGCUACGCUCUGAAUCUGCGGCAGCCUCUAUGCCUGCAGCCCUGGCGACAGCGCCCAAUGCAGCAACAGCAGCAACAACAAAAGCAACAGAAGCAGCAGCAACAGCAAAACGAGAAGGUGGUUGGUGCUAGCAGCAACAGCAUUGAACAGACGUCGUCGGACCCCAACAGCAACAGCAGCAACAGCAACACCAUCAGCACCAACGCUACCAUCAGCAGCAGCAGCAAUAGCAGCAACAGCACCAGAAACAGCAGCUGCUGCUAUGAGAGCAGCAGCUGCUUGUUGGGCCCCCGAGCGAUUCUGCAGCUGGCUAGAAAUCUUCAGUUGAUUUGGCGGCUGCCGCUUCCUAUUGCAACUCAACCAGCUUCCACAUUGAAGCGGUACGUGCGAGAGGUUGCUCAUGUGAAGCAUCAGCAACAGCAGCACAAUGUGCUGCAGCUGCAGCAGCAGCAGGUGCAGCAGGGAUUGGCCUUGGACAGCAGCAACGAGGAGCUGCAGCAGCUGCUGCAGCAGCUGGAGCUGCAGCAAGCAGAAGCGCAGCAACAGAGGCAAAGCAAGAGGCAGCAACAACAGCAGCAAAAACAGGAAAAAGGAAAACAGCAUCAGCAGCAAGAUUGCCUCGAGCAGCAGGAAGGUCAACAGGAUCAGCAACUGCCAGAGCACCGGACAAACGAAGAGGAUCAGAAGCAGCCGUAG